AUGACUUCCACCAACGUUCUCCGAGAAUUCUCAUCACAUCUCACCCUCCGUAGCUGCGUGCAGUGCUCUUCGACCCCCGUUUGCAAUUGUUCCUCUGACGAGACUUGCGUCGAAUCCAGCCGAACUUGUAACGCGUGCCCGACGACCUCUUGUGUGCCAUCGGCUUCAACAGCGACAUCUUCACCUGGUUCCUCGGGUGGUGGCUCAAAUGCCGGAGCCAUUGCUGGAGGGGUUAUCGGUGGUAUCGCUGUUAUCGCCAUUGUCAUAUUCUUACUCUGGUGGUUUAUGAUUCGAAAGAAACGCCAGGCUCGGGCUGCCGCCGCUCAACAGGAAAACUCCGUCCGCCAUGAACGAAGCAGAUCCAUGCAGUCAAUUGCUUCGACCGUGCUUACUCGGGCUUCCAAUGUCAUUCAAAUCGCUUAUAUACCCGGAGUCACCAAUCGCUCGGCUCCAGACACCCCUGGAACGCUUGUGCCUCCAGUGCCGCCUAUCCCAAGCACGCAUGCUUCUACUGCUUAUAGUGGUGACCAGUAUCUUUUCACCCCAAGCGAUCUCCGCGACUCACGAUACUCCAACGCAACUCAUGAUCGCCGCAGCAUUGCCACCAGCCUGGCUCGCAGCAGUGUGGCCACUACUAUUUACAGAAAUGAUGCCGUUGUCAGCCCGAUGCCUGCUCUGCAAGCUCGCGCUGGUAAGGCCGCCAUGGUCAGCGUGAAGACGGGAAAUGGCACGCCUAGCGAUGAGCUUGCAUUGAACCCCAUUGACGCUCCAGCCGUGCCUGCCAUAACCGAAGCGCAAUUGCAGAAGGCGGGCAGAGUCGGGCCCCAACUGAGCUCCAUCGUCGCUCGAUCCGUUGUCGCUCGGCCUGUGAAUGUGAAGGGAUCAAAGCCCAAGGUACCCACCGUAACAGAGGAGGUGGACUCGGAUAGCACAGAAUCAGUUGCAUCGCAUACACGGGCCAAACGCUUCAAUAAUCAAGAUUCAAAAUUUGACGACUCCUCGGAUGAAGAUAGCAGUGAUGAUGAAAAGGGCGAUGCAACCGAAGCCAUGGCUAAUAGCAUUCAAAUCGGCAUUUCGCCUGCUACAAAUGAGGGCCCAUUCGCCGAUGCACAUGCAGCAGGAACCCCAGCAGUUACCGUCAGUACUACAAACACAACGAACACCACUUCAUCUACACCAUCGGCCGCGGCUGAGGCCGUAACCACGUCGCACACAAGUAGUGAACGACAACGAUCAAGCAUUGGAUCAAGUCGAAUGCUAGAAAAUACUAUUUAUCAGGACCCCACCACAGAACGAUCAGCAAGUCCAUUUGACGACCAUCAUGAAGUCAAAUAA